UACUAGUGCUGCCUCAAAUAGAGGAAUAUUUAACCUUACUAUCAAUCAAAGCUAUUAAUUCGAAGAUUUGGCUUUGCUAAAUUAUUUUUGACAAUAAAAUAAAAAUUUACGUUACACUUAUCAACAGUUUCCUUUUACAUUAAAAGCAUGGGAGAUAAUCUGCGACUAAAGCUAUUAUAGCUAACAAAUAUGGGGUUAAUUGGAUACAUUCAUCAGAACAAUUAAAAAGGUCUUACGCACAUUUAAAAAACUGCAUCGUACGCGGAUGGCUACUUUUCAAGGUGAUGACCAUGCAUUACAAGUUACAAGGAAUAAGUUAAACGAAGAGUACAAAAAGUACAAAAAUGUCACAAACCCAGCUGCUAUUGAAGAGCUAAACAAAUUUGCGGAAGAAGUAGAAUACGAACUACGAACAACAGUAAUUCAAGCAGUUGAAACAAAACCUGGAACUUUCGAAUUACGUCUUACACCUGAUAAAUUGAUAGAUAGUGUACCUUACAAGGAUGAGGAAUGUAACAGUAGUAAUAAAGAUGUAGAUCUAAGUAUAUCCACUUCAAAAGAUAAACCAAAAUAGUAAUCGAAAAUGUAAAACAAAUUCUGAUUUUGUAAUAUGUUAGAUAAUUAAGUCUAGAAUAAAAAGAGAAUGUGUUGCUUUAUGAAAAAAUA